AUGCUCUCCUCCUUGCACCCAAACCUUGUCAUUUGCCAAAAUACAAAGGCACAUAGCAUUUUGUUCACUAAGCUGCGCGAUGAAACGACGUCGUCGGAAUCCUUUGUUCGAUAUGCGAAGCGAUCGAUGCGACUUCUUGCAGAAGAUGCCCUCGCUGAAUUUCCAACCAAACCGGUGGAUAUUCAUACCCCUUGUGGGCCCUUUCAAGGUGUUGAAGGACCAGAUCCAACAACCAUUUGUGCUGUGUCCAUUGUUCGCAGCGGUGAUGCGCUUUUAGAGUCUGUUCGAGAUGUGGAGUCAGCGGUGCGAGUGGGGAAAAUAUUGAUUCAACGAGACGAAAGUGACCCCGAAAAGCGGCCCACACUUUUUUACAGUAAAAUGCCUCCUGGGGUUGAGAACAUGUAUAUUCUGCUUUGUGAUCCAAUGCUGGCAACAGGUGGCAGUGCUACCAUGGCCAUUGGCACCUUGGUAUCCAAACACAAUGUUGAUCCUGCAAAGAUUAUCUUUGCAAAUAUGAUCUGUGCACCGGAAGGACUACAGUGCAUGGCUACAAAUUUUCCAGCAGUCAAAAUAGUAACCGUCGUAGUGGACGAAAAAUUAAAUGAAAGCAAGUUCAUUGUUCCAGGGCUCGGUGACUACGGAGAUCGAUUCUUCAAUACCUAG